AUGAGACGUCGCAGCACAGUGGUUUGGAGAGUAUUAAAAUUUUGUGGUAUUACCACAAUAAACGUUGAAGCAUUCCAAAGACUAUCCAUCAUUCCGGUAAGAACAUUAUAUUUGGAUGAAAAUCAAAUUGAAAGUCUGUCAGGAAAUCUCUUUACACCGGGAAAUUAUUUGAAUACUCUUAUUCUCUCCGGAAAUCGUAUACACCACUUAAAUGAUAAUGACUUUGAAAAUUUGGGUGAGUUAAUAGAGUUGGAUCUACGCAACAAUCAAAUAACAACAAUUACGUCGACAGUUUUUGAACCAUUAAGAAAUUUAAGAAUACUCCAUUUAAAUAACAAUUUUCUAACUCACUUAAGUCCAAUGAUGUUCCCGACAAUGAAAAAUCUACAGACCCUGUUCCUGGUGGAUAAUCGUAUAACUCAUAUUGAGAAGAAUUCUUUUGGAUUUCCGAAUCUUAGAUAUUUGUUCCUAACAGGAAAUCAACUGACCGAAAUCGAAGGACAGACAUUAUCCUUUAAAAACUCUACGCCUUAUGAAGGUCUACAUUUAAAUAACAAUAGACUACGGAAAUUCGAUCUGCAUGCAUUUGAUUGUUUGGAAAAUCUGACAUCACUAUUUCUCAAUGACAACGAUUUCCGGACAAUGGAUAAUAGGACAUUGAAGAAAUUAACGAAUUUGGAAUACAUUUACUUUUCAUGGUUCCAUUUGUGUCAUGCGGCACGACAUGUACGUGUGUGUGAGCCACAUGGUGAUGGUAUUAGUAGUUUCUACAAUUUAUUGGAUAAUUCAAUUCUAAGAGGAAGUGUCUGGGCCAUGGCAAUUGUUGCCAUAUUGGGCAACAUUUUGGUCCUGUUGGGUCGUUAUUUUGUCAAAAAAACCCGUAAUAAUGCUGAGCACUCUCUCUAUUUGCGUCACUUGGCCGGCAGCGAUCUUCUAAUGGGUAUAUAUUUGGCAAUUAUCGCAUGUGCCGAUAUUAGUUUUCGUGGCAACUAUUUGGUGCAUGAGGAAGCGUGGCGUCAAAGCCGAUUGUGUGCUUUUUCAGGAUUCCUAAACACAUUUAGCUGUCAGUCAUCCACCCUCAUGUUGACUCUGGUUACAUGGGAUCGUUUGAUGUCCGUUAUGAGACCACUGCAAGCAAAGGAUAAUCGGCGAAAAAGAGUUAUUCUACGUCUUCUGGCAUUGUGGGGUGUCUCUUUUGUUUUGGCAGCGGCUCCGCUAUUUCCUCUGGACUAUUUUGGAACACAUUUUUAUGGGACAAAUGGUGUUUGCCUGUCGCUACUUAUUCACGAUCCCUUUGCCAAGGGUUGGGAAUAUUCUGCGGUGCUAUUCAUUUGCGUCAAUACUUUUUCGCUGUGUUUCAUUCUAAUAUCCUAUCUUAGAAUGCUGCAGGCAAUACGUGUUUCGGGCGGUGGAAUGCGUAGCACAUUGAGUGGUCGCGAAAGUGUGGUGGCAACAAGAUUUGCAAUAAUAAUUACGACAGAUUGUGCCUGCUGGGUACCGGUAAUCGUGGUGAAAAUAUUGGCAUUAUCAGGAAUUUCUAUAUCUCCCGCCCUAUAUGCUUGGUUGGCGGUAUUGGUUUUACCCGUUAACUCUGCCUUGAAUCCGAUUUUGUAUACCCUGACAACAGCUGUAUUUAAACAACAACUGUGUCGUUUUUGUCAUGCUUUGCCGAAUUGUGCUUUCUUUCUGGAUCGAACCCAUUCACAGUUAACAUUUGAAUCUGCCAGCACCAGUUUGGGUCAAUACGCUAGCGCAAAAUCGCACUCGGGGCGCAAACGUUGCUCAAAUCGCCGCAUUAGUUAUGUGUGA